AUGCGGUGCGGCGCCGCCUGGAUGCUGCUCGUGGCCGCGGCCCUGGGGUUCGGGGCGCGCGAGGCCCGCGGCGCAGUGACGCUAGCUGACUUCUAUCCGUUCGGCGCGGAGCGCGGCGACGCCGUCACCCCCAAGCAGGACGACGGCGGUUCGGGGUUGCGGCCGCUCUCGGAGCCCUUCCCAUUCUUCGGCGCCGAGCACUCCGGCCUCUACGUGAAUAACAAUGGGAUCAUCUCCUUCCUGAAGGAAGUCUCCCAGUUCACGCCAGUGGCCUUCCCCAUCGCCAAGGACCGCUGUGUGGUGGCAGCCUUCUGGGCAGAUGUGGACAACCGGCGUGCAGGUGACGUGUACUAUCGGGAGACCACCGACCCAGCCACUCUUGGCAGAGCCACGGGGGACAUCAGACGCUACUUCCCUGAGCUCCCAGACUUCUCUGCCACGUGGGCUUUCGUCGCCACCUGGUAUCGAGUGACCUUCUUUGGAGGCAGUGCCUCUACCCCAGUCAACACCUUCCAAGUUAUCCUCAUCACCGAUGGCAAGCUCUCCUUCACCAUCUUCAACUACGAGUCCAUCACCUGGACCACGGGCACCCACGCCAGCAGUGGAGGUGAUGCCACUGGCCUGGGGGGCAUUGCAGCCCAGGCCGGCUUCAAUGCGGGAGAUGGCCAGCGCUACUUCAGCAUCCCCGGCUCACGCACUGCGGACAUGGCGGAGGUGGAGACCACCACCAACGUGGGCGUGCCCGGGCGCUGGGCGUUCAGAAUCGAUGAUGCCCAGGUGCGCGUGGGGGGCUGCGGCCAUACAACCUCCGUGUGCCUGACCCUGCGUCCCUGCCUCAACGGAGGCAAGUGCAUCGACGAUUGCGUCCCGGGAGACCCCUCCUACACCUGCUCCUGCCUCUCAGGCUUCACAGGGCGGCACUGCCAGCUGGACGUGGAUGAGUGCGCGUCCCACCCUUGUCAGAACGGAGGAACCUGUACACACAAGGCCAACAGCUUCAGCUGCCAGUGCCCAGACAGCUUCGGGGGCCCCACCUGUGAGACCAUGCAGUCCCCCUGUGAUGCCAAGGCAUGUCAGAACGGUGGCCAGUGCCAGGUGGAGGGCAGGAUUGCAGUGUGUGUGUGCCAGCCUGGGUACACAGGGGCAGCCUGUGAAUCAGAUGUGGACGAGUGCAGCUCCAGCCCAUGCCUGAAUGGAGGCUCAUGUGUGGAUCUGGUGGGGAACUACAGCUGUGUGUGUGCAGAGCUCUUCGAGGGUCCUCGCUGUGAGACAGGAAUCCACCCAGAGCCAGAUGUCUGCCUCUCAGCCCCCUGCCAGAAUGGUGGCACCUGUGUGGACGCUGACCAGGCUUAUGUGUGCGAGUGUCCCGGGGGCUUCGUGGGCCUCAACUGCGGGGAGAGACUCUCCGACGACUGUGAAUGCCGAAAUGGAGGCCGCUGCCUAGACCUGAACUCCACCCUCUGCCAGUGCCCCCCAGGCUUCUUCGGGCUCCUCUGCGAAUUUGAAGUCACGACCACACCCUGCAACAUGAACACCCAGUGCCCCGACGGGGGCUACUGCAUGGAGUACAGCGGGAGCUACCUCUGUGUCUGUCACACAGAUUACAACACCAGCAGCCACUCUUUGCCGUCGCCCUGUGACUCGGACCCCUGCUUCAACGGAGGUUCCUGUGACGCCCACGACGACUCUUACACGUGCGAGUGCCCACGUGGCUUUCACGGCAAGCACUGUGAGAAAGUCAGACCCCGCCUGUGCAGCUCUGGGCCCUGCCGGAAUGGAGGCACCUGCAAGGAGGUGGGCAGCGAGUACCACUGCAGCUGCCCCUACCGCUUCACCGGGCGGCACUGCGAGAUCGGGAAGCCGGACUCGUGCGCCUCAGGCCCCUGUCAUAACGGCGGUACCUGCUUCCAUUACAUCGGCAAAUACAAGUGUGACUGUCCGCCGGGCUUCUCCGGGCGCCACUGCGAGACUGCCCCUUCCCCCUGCUUUCGGAGCCCGUGUUUGAACGGGGCCACCUGCGAGGACUUGGGCACAGAUUUCUCCUGUCGCUGCCGCGCAGGCUUCACUGGACGCUGGUGCCAAGCAGGUGAGCUCGGACGCCCGCCGGCCACAGUCUCCACCCACCGGGUGCUGGCUGCUACAUCUCUGCCGCGGGGGCGGGGCCGUCUUGCUUUCCUCCCGGUUUCCGCCCCCCCGCGCGCAGAAAUCGAUGAGUGCCGUUCUCAGCCUUGCCUGCACGGAGGCUCCUGUCAGGACCGAGUCUCGGGCUACGUUUGUCUGUGCAGCGCGGGGUACAAAGGCGCGCGCUGUGAGCAGGAGACUGACGAGUGUGCGGCAGGACCCUGUCAGAACGGGGGCUCCUGCCAGGACCUUCCGGGGGCCUUCCUCUGCCAGUGCCCCGAGGGCUUCGUCGGGGUCCACUGUGAAACAGAGGUGGACGCCUGCGACUCCAGCCCCUGCCGACACGGAGGCGUCUGCAAGAACGAUGGCGGGGCCUACCUGUGCGUCUGCCCCGAGGGCUUCUUCGGCUACCACUGUGAGACAGUGAGUGACCCCUGCUUCUCCAACCCCUGCGGGGGCCGUGGCUACUGCCUGGCCAGCAACGGGUCCCACAGCUGUACCUGCAAAGUGGGCUACACGGGCAAGAACUGCGCCAAAGAGCUGCUCCCGCCCACGGGCCUCCAGGUGGAGCGGGUUGAGGAGAGCGGGCUGUCCAUCUCCUGGCUUCCGCCCGAGGGCCCUGCGGCCCGGCGGCUGCUGGACGGCUAUGCGGUCACCUACACCUCGGCUGAUGGUGCCUUCCGCCGCACGGACUUCGUGGACCGUGGCCGCUCAGCCCACCAGCUGCGGGCCCUGUCGGCCGGCCGGGCCUAUAGCAUCUCGGUGUUCUCUGUCAAGCGCAAUGCCAACAACAAUGACAUCAGCCGACCUGUGGCGCUGCUGGUCCGCACGCGACCCCGCCCUGUCGAGGGCUUGGAGGUAACUAAUCUGACGGCCAGUACCAUCUCAGUGCGCUGGGCUCUGCACCAGAUCCGCCACGCCCCGGUCAGUAAAGUCCGCGUGUCCAUCCGCCAUCCGGAGCCCGGUGGAGAGGAGUCCACUGACUUGGACAGGAGCGUGGACAGGUUCACGUUUGGGACCCUGCUGCCAGGAAGGAGGUACACUGUGCAGGCAGUUACGCUUAGCGGGAUCGGGCCGGGGGAGCACCCCACUGAGAGUGUGGCCACUGCCCCGCUGCACGUGUGGACCCGGCCCUCGCCUCCUGCAAACCUAACAGCCGCCCGGGUCACAGCUACCUCCGCCCAUGUGGUCUGGGACGCCCCCUCACCGGGUGCAGCACUGGAGGCUUAUGUCAUCAAUGUGACCACCAGCCAGAGCACCAAGAGCCGCUACGUCCCCAACGGGAAGCUGGUGUCCUACACGGUCCGCGACCUCAUGCCUGGGGGGAGAUACCAGCUCUCCGUGACAGCCGUACAGAAUACAGACCAGGGCCAGGUGCACAGCGAGCCUGCCCACCUGUACAUCAUCACCUCCCAGAGGGAGAGUACUGACCGGCGCUGGCACCAGGGUGGGCACCCCCGGGUGCUCAGAAAUAGACCCCCUCCAGCACGCCUGCCAGAGCUGCGUCUGCUCAACGGCCGAGAUGCCCCGGAAACAUCCACCCAGCCACCCAGGUACUCUGAGCUGGUAGACGGCAGAGGACGGGUGAGUGCCAGAUUCAACAGCCUGCCCAGCAAGUCGGUCACCCUGAGAGCACAACCCACGGCCCCGGCCCCAGCGCAGCUCAAGACCCCAGUGGAGGCCCCCAAGCCCACCAACCUGGCCCUGCAUCUGGACGAGCAUAGUGACAAGGAGAACGAGGGUAAGUCUGGAAGCUGUUCAGAAAACCCCUGUCAGAAUGGGGGUACCUGUGUGCCUGGUGCCAACACCCACAGCUGCACCUGCAGCCCCGGCUUCAAAGGCCAACGCUGUGAACUUGCCUGUACAAAGGUGCCCCAGCCCUGCACACGCCUGUUCUCCGAGACCAAGUCCGUCCCGGUCUGGGAAGGAGGUGUCUGUCACCACGUGUACAAACGAGUUUACAAAGUUCACCAGGACAUCUGCUUCAAAGAGAGCUGUGAAGGUUCAAGCCCCAAGAAGACCCCACACAGAGCAGGUGAACAUGCCCAGUCCUCGAGGAAAGACCGAGUUCUUUCCAAAUGGAGGAGAAGGAUACAGGUGGUCAUCGUCCAGGAAGCGGCUCCUCCCGAACACACCAAUCCCACUGCAGUGACUACACAGGUCCUGAGGGCAGUAGCUUUAGACGAAUGCACUCCAGAGUCUCCACCCGUCUCCAGGGACGCAGGGGGACUAGCGGCCGCACAGAAGCUACCCGCUCGGGGGCUCUGGGCCCAUAAGGGGCCUGCAGAAGCCAGCGCGGACGCACAGGAACAUGUGGUGUGA